AUGGAUAAUGACACAUCUGUAUUUCUUCUUUUGGAUUUCUCAAAAUUUUGGGAGGUACAGAUUAUUUACUUAUCUUUAUUCCUGAUACUUUAUUUAACAACAGUAACUGGGAAUCUUCUCAUUAUUAUUGCUGUUGUCUUUGACCACCAUCUUCACACUCCCAUGUACUUCUUCAUGAUGAAUUUAGCUAUCCAAGACAUUGGUUCAGUUUCAGUAAUUAUUCCUAAAACAGUUUUAAAUUUUCUUACAAAUAUAAGGUACAUUUCUUAUUCUGGAUGUGUUUGUCAGGUUCUUUUGUUUUUCUUUUUCUUAGCCUGUGAUAUUUCCAUCCUUACUAUUAUGGCAUAUGAUCGGUAUAUUGCCAUUUGUAAUCCUUUACAAUAUGAAAUGAUAAUGAACAGGAAAGCCUGCACUAAAAUGGUCGGCAGUGCAUGGAUUGCCAGUUUUCUCAAUGCCAUAUUACACACUACUGCAACAUUCACUAUUCCUUUCUGCUCUAACAUCAUCAAUCAGUUCUAUUGUGAAAUCCCAUAUUUACUUAAGAUUGCAUGUCCUGGUUUAUAUUUAACUGAAAUUGGAAUUAUAAUGUUCAGUUCUACAUUAGCACUUGGUUGUUUUGUCUUUGUCAUUGUUACUUAUAUGCACAUCUUCUCUGCUGUGUUGAAAAUUCCUUCUACCCAAGGAAGGAAAAAAUCCUUUUCUACUUGUUUGCCACACCUUAUAGUCUUUUCCCUAUUUUUGUUUACUGCUUGCUUUGCUUACUUAAGAGACAUAUCAGACAGUCCAUCUCACCUUGAUUUCAUAAUUACAAUUAUGUAUUCCACUAUUCCAUCCAUGUUGAAUCCAAUAAUCUACAGCAUGAGAAACAAGAAGAUCAAAGCUGCUCUUACAAGGCUUUUUGAUAUGUGGUUUAUUUUUUUUUAA